ACCAUAAUGCGCUGCAUAUUUGAUCGUUCUAAAACGGAGUCCCGCUGAAAUUGCAUUGGAUAACGUUUACAUGGCGUAAAGACAUUAUGCGUGAAUAACACACGUACGCAAAGACACUUCAAGUCUGACGCGAUUACGUAGUGAUGCUCAUGUCCGGGAUACGGACGGGACGGGAGUCCUCGUGACUGCGGGGGAAAAGGGGGAGCCUGAACCUCGGAUAAAACUCCCUCAAAGGGAACACCAUGGCUUUAUAUUUAUUAUUCAAAACAAGCGGUUGCAUCAUGGGAGCAGCAUAGAGAGUUCUUCACAACAAACUGCCCCGCGUGCCUGUUUUCAUUUCCUUUUGCUGUCGAUUGUUCCCUUUUCUCUUCUGAUACCGCUGUGCUUCAUGAGACGUGUUUUCCGAGUUCAGGUGGGGGCUGUGAGGCUCUCUAGUGGAAACCCGGUGAAGAUACACUUCGUUGAGAGCAGGACUUGGAUUGAUUUGUCCUCCUCCGCGGAGUAGCCAGAAGGCCAAAGCUGCUCCGCUCGCUUGCGGAUGCGGCAGCUACUCGGCCUGCUAAAGGCUCUGGGUACCGCAAUGCCGCGGGGAUGGGGAGAGAAAGACGGCAAACCAGAUCAAGGGAUAUUGGAGAAUGCAAAUAUACGACGCCAAAAAUAAAUGUUGACACAACAUAAGUGCGUUUCGUUGAGUUUUAUCCGCUGUGGACUUAAUGUUAUAUAGACCCUAACUGCAUAUCUAAAGAAGUAUAGUCCCACAAUUUAGGAAGUUUUUCAGUAGCCACCAUGCCCUCACCGUCGGACUCCAGUAGCGUGGCCUCGAUGUCAGGGUCUCGAGCUUUGUCUGGAAGUCGCAGAGGAAUGUCUGGGCGGACCAGUGCGCGCGUGCUGCUGUACCUGGGCUUGUGUCACCUUGCGCUUGGGGCCAUGGUGCUGGCCUUCAGCUUCACAAGCCUUGCUUUCACCUCAUCACCCCGUGUUAGACAGUCCUGUCCUUUCUGGGCUGGCUUCUUUGUUGUGGCAUCAGGAGUAGUGGGUGUGAUAUCAUGGAGGAGGCCCUUCACUCUUGUUGUGUCGCUGUUCAUGCUGCUGUCUGCAGUGUGUGUGAUUCUCAGUCUGGCUGGUUCCAUGCUCUCAUGUCAGAAUGCACAGAUGGUCAAAUCUUAUGUUACCUGUCAGAUGGAGAAUCGUCUGUGUCUUUGCUGUGACCCCAAGCAGACAUGCUCUCUAACAGAAGAUGAGACACUAGUGCUCUACCAACAUACAGACUGCCACUCUGUGCGUCACCAGCUCAAGGAUCUGCUGUUCAGUGCGUGCGGUCUUAGUAUUCUCUCUACUAUUAUCUGCACUCUGUCUACGGUCACCUGUAGCAUUCAUAUCUUCUCUCUGGACCUACUGCAUCUACUGGCUCCUCAUCGCUCUCGCUCUGUAAACCCAGAAUGCACCACUCCUCAGGAUGCAUUUCUCAGUAACAUGAUGGACUUUGAGGAGUUUGUUCCACCCAUUCCACCACCACCUUACUACCCUCCUGAAUACACCUGCAGCUCAGAGACCGAUGCCCAGAGUGUCACAUAUAAUGGAUCAAUGGGGAGUCCAGUGCCUCUGUACCCAACGGACUGCCCUCCUCCUUAUGAGGCAGUGAUAGGUCAAAGGGCUCCCAGUCAGGCCACAGUGUUUGACACUCAAGCCGGUGAGCUGUCUGGAGAGAGAGGAACAUCCACAGCAUUCAGUGGGGAAGUGUCAAUGGACAGUGGCUCUCUAUUGAUGUCUGAGAUUGUGGAUAUUCCAGAUGACAGCUCCCCAUCUGAGGACUCCUGCCUAAUGGAAGUGGGUGUCGGUAUGCGGGCACGGCCACGGGGGGGCAGCGAGGGAGGGGAGGGGGGAGAGUACGCCAGCCUCCGUUCUUCCGCACAACAUCCCGAGGGAAUGGUGGCCGCUCCUUCCGGAAGGCGUUGUUUCAGAGGCGAGAGAUCGAACUCCUGCUCCUGCCCGAGCUCGUACAACACCUCUACCUACAGGUCUCCAGUGUUGAGGCGUCAAGCUCUGUUGGCGAGUAGCUGCUCUCAGUUGGAGUUCUUAGCAGGAUCUAAACAUUCCUGUAUCCCAGAAAUCCGAGUUCGGCCCUGCACACCCUCCCGACAGGACUCCUCAUCUGCAUUCACUAACCCACCUACCGCAGCCCCAUCAGGUCCUGCUCAAGACCGGCCGGACCAUACAGUACCGGUGCUCCUUCUGCGGCCAGGUUUCCGUGAGCAAAUUGGACGUGAUAGAAAAGACAGCGACGGCUUCUUACCUCUCUUGAGGUCACACAGUGAACCAGGACUUAGCACUUCAACUGACACAGGUGAUUUCAGUCACUCAGGAGGCAAUAAAGGAGUCAGUGAGGGGGGAUCGCAGACCACAUCAGAAACAGGGGUAUCGUCUGGAGCUGGUUUGCUGCCUCGCUCCUCUUUUGCACUUCCUGCUUCCCUGCCCAGAAAAGGCAGCAUUAAGACUGUAAGUACCCGGUUGCCCUCAAAACAAGUUCCAGCCACCUCGCUGCGUUUACCCAAAGACUGUGCACGCUCUCUUGGAGACCUCAAGGUCACCAAAGUUUUAGUGCAACGUUUCCUGCAGAGAUCCAAACGUAACUUAGCCCUUGCAACUGAACAUGCUGGAAACUGUACUCAGGGGCCUAAAAGGAGGACAGGAAGUGAAGGCCUGCCAUUAGAACAGGUGCUUCGUAACUCUCUGGGGACCAACAGGGGGCAGCAGCAGCACGUCCACCACCACUGCCGUGGACACCAUCACUCCCAUAGUGACAGUCGCCAUAAUGCCCCCCGCCGCCAUGAUGAUGACCCUGUAAGGGCCGGGGGAAUCCACUUGCGUAGCUGCGGAGACCUCAACUCGACAUCCAUUGCAUCACUGCGCAGACUCCACCCACCGUCACACGGAUCAUCUGGGGCUCUUUACUCAGAAUCUGCCCUCUGAAAUGAGGCGGGGGAUUCUGGAAUGAAUCACUGCUGGAUUCUGGAGAGGGGCAGAGAAAAUUUAAGGAAAGAAUGACAGGUGGGAAAUAGGUUUGGAUUUAGCUUGCAGAAAGGGUGAUUUGAAGGGUGUUUGAAAAACAGUAUAUGUACCAUUGGUGAAGUUUUCAGCUGUUCUUACUGUAAUAAAAGACCGAACAGUACACCCGAUAUAAUGGAGUUUAACCCUUCAGACCCGCUGCUCUCUGUGCCAGACAAACUCUGGUCCUUCUUUUAUAUUUCCAUUUAUUUUUUGCUCCAUCUAGUGCUUUUUUUCUCGCUCACUGUUUACAUGGAUAUGGAAAGAAUGCAGAACCUCUGACACUGUUCCUUGUCUUCACAGCUCAUUAAAAUGCACUCAUGCAACAACAAACAUACAACCAUAUGUUUGGCUGUAACUAUGUUUUGAACUUGGGGUAAUUUAAAGGAAUUAAAUAAUUAAAAGGAAUUAAAGGAAUAAUGAAAGGAAUUAAACGAUUUCAAUGGAUUUAAGGGAAUAAACAAAAAGAAAAAGAACAGUAUAGUAACAGUAAAAGUUA